CAAAAAUGUCUACUCCAAUCAACAUUUAUAUCAUUCUCUUUCCAAAUUUACUAAUAUUUCAAUUAAUUAAUGCCAAUCAACAAGAAUGUGUCGGUGAAGGAGGUAAUUGCCAGUACGACAACGAUUGUUGUGUUGAUAAAUAUAUAACAUGUGUUGGCUUCUCGAAAACUAGAAAAAAGAAAGGAACUUGUCAAAAAGUUUGCGAUUUAGAUGGGGCAACUUGUAAACCUACUUCUGAAAGUGAACGUGAUAAUUGUUGCAACUGUUGUGAUAAUAUUACCAAAAAAUGUUACUCCGAAGAUACUUCUGAUUAA